UGAGACCUCUUCACCAUGCUCAGGGCCAGCUGAAUAGGCAGUGGGUGUCUGCAGGGUCAGCUGAGAAGGCUGUGCAGAGCCUUUGGCUGCACGGAGAGGGGGUAUGGUCUGUGCUGCACUCUCUGGGCUGAGAACCAUUUGAAAGCCAAAAGUGAGGUGCAGUGGUUGCAACAGCAGGGAGCACAGAUGCUGAAACACAGAAAUCAGAGUUGCUGUGGCAUGACCCUAGGAGAAGAAUCAACUGGCUUGAGUGCGGCUGAAGAGGCUGAAAUAGAGACCAUCAGGAAGCACAAACAGGAGCUUUUGGAUGACAUUGAGAAGCUGAAGGAGGAGAUUGCUGAGGUGUUUGCAGAGAUUGAGUCUUUCCAACAUGCAGAAGAGAAGCAAGUGGCAGACAAUAAUCCUGGAGAGCAGAUCAGCAAGCUGUCACAGAGGGAUAAAAUUCUGUCCCUGGGCCGGAAGAAAUUCAACAUGGAUCCUGAAAAGGUUACACUUCAUCCAUGCAAUGCUGAUACUCAUAAAUGAGUUCCUAUCUCCAAGAUCCCAUGGAAAGUUCCUGAGGCUAGAGGAGGGGAUCCAGUACCUGAUCGAGCACCAGGUAUUGUCUUCAGACCUUCAGGAGAUCGCCAGGUUCCUCCACAAGGGUGAAGGUCUGAACAAGACAGCCAUUGGGGAUUACCUGGGUGGGAGGGACCCCACAAACAUUCAGAUCCUCCAGGCCUUUGUGGCAUGUCACCAAUUUGCCAACCUGAACCUGGUGCAGGCGCUGAGGCAGUUCCUCUGGAGCUUCCGGCUGCCCGGGGAGGCGCAGAAGAUCGACCGGAUGAUGGAGGCCUUUGCCAACUGGUACUGCAAGUGUAACCCAGCAGUGUUCCAGUCCACAGAUACCUGUUAUGUACUCUCCUUCUCUAUCAUCAUGCUUAACACCAGCCUGCACAACCCCAAUGUGAAAGACAAACCCCACUUUGAAAGGUUUGUAUCCAUCAACAGAGGCAUUGACAAUGGAGGGGACCUGCCAGAAGAGCUUCUAAAGAAUCUGUUUGAGAGCAUAAAGAACGAGCCCUUCUCCAUACCAGAGGAUGACGGCAACGACCUCACCCACACUUUCUUCAACCCUAACCGUGAAGGCUGGCUGCUGAAACUAGGAGGACGUGUGAAAACCUGGAAACGCCGUUGGUUCAUUCUGACCGAUAACUGCCUGUAUUACUUUGAAUAUACCACGGACAAAGAGCCUCUGGGUAUUAUCCCCUUGGAGAAUCUCUCAGUCCGGAAGGUGGAUGAUCCCAAAAAGCCAAACUGCUUUGAACUCUUCAAUCCCAACUGCAAAGGGCAGAAGAUCAAAGCCUGCAAAACAGUUGGGGAUGGGAAGGUGGUUGAAGGCAAGCAUCAGUCCUACAAGAUCUCAGCAGCCACUCCAGCAGAGCGUGAUGAGUGGAUUGAGGCAAUACGGACCAGCAUCACACAGGAUCCUUUUUAUGAUCUGGUCUCUGCCCGUAAGAAAAAGAUUGCCAGCAAAAACUGAACCAUGACCUGGUCACCGGCAUCAGAAAGGUGUAGGUUAUUGGACAGCUUCCCUCUCACACUGGGCUCUUCCAGUGAAGAAAUUUGGGAGCUUUGGUUCCACCUGCCUCCCAUUUGGCAGGCAGAUGACUGACAGGACAGCUUGCCCUCUUUGCUUCUUCCCCUUCCAAGCUGGAGGCAGAGGCGCAGGAUGCGAUGCACUGAGGACUGUCAGAACUGUGGGCAGGGGCUUGCCCAUGUCUGAACAUAAAAGCUCAACAGCAAUUGGCCUUUGGGUUCUCCCAUGCAGCCCCAGACAUGUGGGACAGGAUCUGAGAGGAGACAGGAAUGUCUGCAGGUUGUGUUCAGCCCCUCCUGUUGUCACACCAGGCCAGGGUAUUUUUCUGUGAGGGGCCAUGUGGAUUCUCUUGGAGUAGCUGAGCAUGGUCCAGUCAGUUGCAGAGCAGAAAGGCCCCAGUGGUUUCUCUUCCAUGAACAGAUGUGUAGAGGUAGUGGGGUGGAAGCCGCUGAUAUUUAGAAACUCACUGUGAAACCAGAGGCCAAGGUAAGAUAAGAACCCCUCAGUUCAGAAGAAAUCCCUCUCUCCCCCUUCCUAAAGCCUGGAGUGAGAGCUGUAAUCCUGGGAAGUCCCCGCUCUGUAACUGUGUCAUAAAUGUUGUAAAGUUAAAGACAAUUGAAUCCUUGUUCAACGUAAGGGCUAACCAAGCAUGGAGAUGAUGUGGGACCAGGAAAGCAGCUCUGCGUGUUUCGUCUCUCUUUUUGGAGACUCGAGGACCACCACAGAUUUCCUUCAGGAGGAAACCCAAACUCUAGCUCUCCUCCUGGGUGAUGGCUCCCUGGCAAUGGUUGGUUCCUUGAGCAGCUCAGAGGCCUGGGUUUUGUAUCUGAAAGUUUUACAGUCAGAUGGCAUGAAAAAAUGAAGGUACAUAGAUCUCCCCACCAGCACACACACACAGAGGCAUUCAUUCCCAUCUUCAUACAGUGGUAUCAUCUGGAGGCUGGGGGAUUUUGUCUCUUGUGUAAAGAAAGAAAUAAAAGUGCU